UCCCCAGGAUCGAGUGGGAGGCACGUCGCGUCCGAAAGCACGGGCGCGUCGCGCGUCAAACUGAAGACCAGUUCCUCUCUCUGUCCCAGCCAACCAGUCAGAUAUAAAGCCGCUGGUCGAGAGGGAGACGGAGACAUAAAACUGCUUGUCGAGAGCGAGGGAGGGAGUGAGAGAGAGAGAAGGAGUUCGUGCACGAGUGAGAGAGAGAGAGAGAGAGAGGGAGAUGGGGACCGAGGCGAGCAACGGGCAUGCGUGCUGCGCGAAGGGGCCGGGGUACGCGUCCCCGCUGGAGGCCAUGUCCGGCCCCAGGGAGAAGAUCCUCUACGUCACUUGCGUCUACUCCGGAACUGGAAUAGAGAAGCCCGAUUACCUCGCCACGUUGGACGUGGAUCCGGACUCGCCCAGCUACUCGAAGGUCAUCCACAGGCUCCCCGUGCCCUACCUGGGCGACGAGCUCCAUCACUCCGGAUGGAACUCGUGCAGCUCUUGCCAUGGGGAUCCGUCGGCCGACAGGCGUUUUCUGGUCCUGCCAUCUUUGAUAUCCGGCCGGAUAUAUGUGAUCGAUACAAAGACCAAUCCUCUAGCUCCAGCCCUGCAUAAGGUUGUUGAUCCAAAAGACAUUGUUGAGAAGACUGGACUCGCUUAUCCGCACACGUCCCAUUGCCUUGCAUCUGGCGAGAUCAUGGUCUCGUGCCUCGGUGACAAAGAUGGAAAAGCCGAGGGAAAUGGUUUUCUGCUCCUCGAUUCAGAAUUCAACGUGAAAGGAAGGUGGGAGAAACCUGGCCACAGUCCCCUCUUCGGUUAUGAUUUCUGGUACCAACCCCGGCACAAGACGAUGAUUAGCUCAUCGUGGGGGGCUCCUUCAGCUUUCACCAAAGGUUUUAACCCUCAGCACGUGUCGGACGGUCUAUACGGGAGGCAUCUCCAUGUGUACAGCUGGCCUGAUGGUGAACUCAAGCAAACACUGGACCUGGGCGACACUGGCCUCAUACCGCUCGAGAUAAGAUUCCUGCAUGAUCCUUCCAAGGACAUGGGAUAUGUUGGGUGUGCAUUGAGCGGCAAUAUGGUGCGCUUCUUCAAGACCCAGGACGGCUCGUGGAGCCAUGAGGUGGCUAUAUCAGUUGAACCUCUGAAGGUCCAAAACUGGAUCCUUCCCGUAAUGCCUGGACUCAUAACAGAUUUCUUGAUAUCACUCGAUGAUCGUUAUCUGUACUUUGUGAACUGGCUUCAUGGGGACGUGAGGCAGUAUAACAUUGAGGACCCUGAACAUCCAGUGCUCGCGGGCCAAGUAUGGGCCGGGGGACUGUUUCGGAAGGGAACCGCAGUUGUGGUAGAGAGAGAAGACGGCACGACAUGGCAAGUUGACCAUCCUGAGAUAAAGGGGAAUAAACUCAGAGGAGGACCUCAAAUGAUCCAGUUAAGCUUAGAUGGCAAGCGACUCUAUGUCACAAACUCACUCUUCAGCUCUUGGGAUCGCCAAUUCUAUCCUCAACUGAUGGAGACAGGAUCGCACAUGCUGCAGAUUGAUGUCGACACCGAGAAAGGUGGCCUCAAAAUUAACCCGGACUUCUUCGUGGACUUCGGCUUGGAGCCUGAUGGCCCGUCCCUAGCUCAUGAAAUGAGGUAUCCAGGAGGCGACUGCACUUCAGACAUAUGGAUUUGAGCAUGCUACGUGUGUCCUAAAAAGGAUCAAGUGCUUCUCCCGUAUCAUGUCUGUGCUAACCCCGCCAUUGGCCUUUACUGAUUGUGGCUAGGACUCUGAAAGGCUGGGCAUGGUCUCUCUAAAGAACCCUGUUUUUCAUACUUUCAAGAAGAUUCAAAUUUUAUGUUCUCUGUUCAUACUUGAAUUUGCCAAUCUCCCAGUUAAAACAACCUUAUGCUUUUUGGUCAAUUAUGAGUUAUUGUACUUAAUGCUUAGUUUUGA